AUGUUACUACGGAUACGAAUUAGCAAUGCGCUCCUUGUUGCAAGACGUUUCGCAGCUGUGAAACCGGAGAAAACACCUGAACUCAAGUUCAGCGAGUCUGCAGCAUUUCAAGGUCGAAGACGUGGUGCAGGUGUGGCGAAACCUGCAUAUCAAAUGGAUUACUACACAAGCGAUGAGUUCGGAAGAAAGAAAUUGAUAUCUGUUCUUGGUAGUCUUGCUAUCUUCAUCUUAUACUUUGGUUACUUGAGGGAACCAUCAGAUUUGGAUGAAAUUUGGAGUGCACCGCCUCAUAUCCUAACGACUAAUCUUGAACGAAAAAUGCUCCGUGAGAAGAUUAAGCAGGCUGAAAGCAAGGGCGAGGAUACGACUCUCUUGAAGGCACAGCUCGAAUACGUGGACGUUAAAGAAGCAGCACUCAAAAUACAGUUCUCAAAUGAUAGCAAGAAAAAGUAG